UUUUUUUUGGAGGACGAAACCUAUCGAGCUCCUGCACGACAUAACACGAGAAGCUCACAAGAGACAAAGUCCCCACGUCUGCAUUUCGGAUUGGACAAGCCAGGAAACCAGCGAUUUUCCCACCAUCAGCAGCAUGCGAUAAAGCGGGGGUGCUUAUAUCAUUAUGCAGAAAUCCAGCUUAGCCUCCAACCAGAGCGCGCCUCCUUUCUUCACGACGCCGAUAUGGGGAGGGAGCGGCAACGACGGCGGGAGCAAGGAAGAGGGCCGUAAACACACAAAAACAGGCUCAACCGCGAGUGCCAGCAAGACACGGCCCGGCACAAGCUCGGGAGGUACCGACCCGCUCACGGCGCCCGACAAUAAGGAGCGCGAGCGCAAGCAUUCAUUUGUGCGCAAGCCGUCCUUCAAUUCCCAUGACAGAGGGAGGCGCCGCUCAUCCAAUGGAGGCCUUGGCUCUGUAGGCGAAACGAUCAAGACCGACCCUUCGAUCCCGCCAGCCAUCCCCGACUUCCUGGCCAAUUCAAGAGCGACCAAGAACGACCUAGACUUUCCGCCGCCCCCGCCGACGCCGACAACCCUCAUCGACUCGUUUACCUUCUCGAGGUCCUCCAGCCGGGCGACCCCAUCAGCUAGCACGGCCAACAUGACGAGCUAUUACCCAUUCACAGCUGCGUCGCCGCCAGUAAACGGUGUGCCGGCGCAGAUGCAAUUACCACCAAUAGAAGGAUCAUCAUCCAUGGUCCACACGCAUAUUUUUGAAAUGUCAAAUAAGAGGAUAUCGACGUUAGAAUACUUGCGCAAAUCGCAUGAAGGGCGGUUGUUCUGGUUUAACACGCUCAUGUUCGACAAGCCCGAUCUCGCACGCAUGCCGUACUACGACAGCCGCAGGCUGGCUCGUCGGGCAAUGAACUACCUUCUCCUGGGGCUCUCCUUGCCCAUCGUCAUCGACCUCAGCUCCUCGACCGCCCUCGAGUUCCUGCGCUCCCUCAACACCCUCCUCACCGAGUUCGAAUCCUACCAGCAGAUACACACCGAGAACGGCAUAAACUCGAGCUCCUUCUCACGCGGCAAGUUCCCGCAAAUGUUCCGCCGAGGCGCCGGCGGCAAAGGCCGCCGGACAUCUGCAGCAGGAGAUCUGGGUUACAUCGUGGACGCGGGCCCGGGCAGCAGCACGGCGACUAACGGCGCGGCCGUCAACGCGCCGACGAGCGUCAUCAACUUUGGCCUCGGCGGGGAGGGCAACGACCUGCUCCCCGGCGAGGAGUACACACACCUGCUGACGCCCAACCUGCCGUUUGAGCCGGACUUCUUCGAGACCUUUGCGACGCUGUGCGACGUGCUGAUUGACUGCUACACCCGCCUUAUGAGCCUCGUGCCGAACCCGAAGGACUGCACGCCCGCGGUGGCCGAGCUGUUCGCCAAGGCGGACAGCCGCGUGCGCAAGAUCAUCGUGCAGGGCGUCGUUAAGGAGUUUGAGACGACGAGCAGGGCCAUGCUCAAACAGGAGGUGGAGAAUGUGGGCAAGGUAGUCCUUGGAGGGUUGAUGUGAGAGAGAGCCAGGAUGAGCGAGUCCGUCCGUCCAGCUUUUGUUAUUUUGCACUUUGGGCGGCGUUGACAGGCGCAGCGUGGGUUUGGUCUGGGUUGGAAUGGAGACUGCCGGGUUUGCUUUGCAGAGAUACCUUGCUACACAGGCACAAUAAGAUGCAUUCGCGCUAUAAUGUCCUUACGAACAAAUACGUG